CGGAAAGUAAUGCUUUCAUCUGUUUCACGAGUUUGUUGUCAUUUAUUAUUAUUAUUAUUAUUUUACUUCAAGAGUUCUUGCGUUAUUGAUACCAUGGAUUUAAACUCUCUUUAAGUUUUUAUCACAAGAGUGAUAAGAAGAAGAAAAACUUUUGAUAUUUAAGAAAUAAAAGAUCUAUAUAAAUAAUGCCCAUGGUAUGCUCAAAUGCUUAAGCUGUGAAAAGUGAAAGCUUCUUUGAAUUCUCAUCUUUGAACAUGACUGAGAAAGGUGAAAAGAAUCUGCUUAUGAAUGUUUCAAAAGAUGAAAUGAACACAAUUGAUGAAAUUUUGCAGUCAAGGCAACAUGGGGUAGUUCCAGAGAGAAGAAUUAUUAGAAUACCUCUGUUAUCUCGAGCCUUCGUUUCUGGUUCUCCAAAAAUUCAUUUUCCAGUUAGAGUGUUGAUACGAACUGGUCCUUUAAGGCAAUUAACUAAUGUUCAGAGACCAAGUAAACCUGUUGUAGAUACCGUUCCCAGUGAUGAUGAAAGUGAUGUAGAUGACACUUCUUCAUUUGAAAUUCCAGAACGUUUAGAAGAUUUGAUUUUAUUAGAGCAUAAUUAUGCUGUUAAAUAUUCUAUCCCCUUGAAAAGUAAGGAAAAUGAGAAUGCUGUGGAAACUAAAACACAAGAGACAUGUGAUAUAAAGGAAGUAUCUGAAUCCUCUAGCAUUUUAGAAGUACCUGAAAUCUCUAGCAUCCUGGAAGUACGUGCAAUCUCUGGUAGUUCGGAAGUUCCUGCAGUCUCUGGCAAUUCCGAUGUACCUGCAGUCUCUGGCAGUUCGGAAGUACCUGCAGUCUCUGGCAGUUCGGAAGUACCUGCAGCCUCUGGCAGUUCGGAAGUACCCGCAGCCUCUGGCAGUUCGGAAGUACCUGCUGUGUCUGGCAGUUCGGAAGUACCUGCUGUGUCUGGCAGUUCGGAAAUACCUGCAGUGUCUGGCAGUUCGGAAAUACCUGCAGUGUCUGGCAGUUCGAAAAUACCUGCAGUGUCUGGCAGUUCGGAAAUACCUGCAGUGUCUGGCAGUUCGGAAAUAAACGCAGCCUCUGGCAGAUCAGAAAUACCCGCAACCUCUGGCAGUUCGGAAGUACCUGCAGUCUCUGGCAGUUCGGAAGUACCCGCAGCCUCUGGCAGUUCGGAAGUACCCGCAGCCUCUGGCAGUUCGGAAGUACCCGCAGCCUCUGGCAGUUCGGAAGUACCCGCUGUGUCUGGCAGUUCGGAAAUACCUGCAGUGUCUGGCAGUUCGGAAAUACCUGCAGUGUCUGGCAGUUCGAAAAUACCUGCAGUGUCUGGCAGUUCGGAAAUAAACGCAGCCUCUGGCAGUUCAGAAAUACCCGCAACCUCUGGCAGUUCGGAAGUAGCUGCAGUCUCUGGCAGUUUUCCUGUCGAUACUGCUACGUUCAGUGGUGGCGGGGUGGUCGGCUGUACAAAAGAAGUCUCUGGAAGUUCGAAAGUACCUGAAAUCUCUGGCAUUUCGAAAGUACCUGAAACUUCUAGCAUUUCUCCACCUAUUCGAAGAUCAAAACGUCAGAUUGAAAAAUUAGAGCGUGAAUUAGUGUCUGCGGCGAAAGUGGAUGCACUUGAUAAUGAAGUCCCCAAAGAAAAAUUGGUUAAACAUGAAACUACAAAUAAAACUGAUAAAGAUACUAUAAAUUGGAAUUCAGAUAUAAAAAUAUCUAAUUACAAAUGCUUUGCUGAUUUUAAGAAAAGACAUUUGAAAGUUGUAAUAGAGGAUUGUAAAAAAGCAAAAAUUGAGAAUGAAUCUGUUUCUACAGAAUUGUCUAAUACCAAUAGGGAGGUAAAAGAAUCGGCAGAAAUUCUUCAUGAUUCUAUAAUUAUUAAAAGCAAAAAUGAAUCUACUGCAGAUGAGAAAAAUAUUGAAAAUUUUAAGCAUCCCGAGUCUCAGACAAGAUCUAAAUAUCUUCGAAAGACUAAAUUACAUGAGCCUACUGACUUAGAAUCUGAUGACAAAUCAAAUGCUCAUGGACCACAUGCAAAAAAGAAGAAAUAUCUUAACUUAAUUCAUAAAAGUAUUGAUUCAUUAAAGUCUCCUGAAUGUGAAGAGAAAUCGGAGAAAAGUUCAACUGAAAAUGUAUUCAAAGGAGAAAAAACUACUGAGCAUAGUCAGCAGGUGAAUCUUACAAAUUUAAAUAAGAAGAGGAAGAAGUGUAUUUUAGCCUCGGAGAAACUUACUAACGAUGCAGAUAUCCAUCAAAUAGCCGAUUCACCUGUUCGUAAAAAGAAGAAAAGGGUAUCGUUUUCUGAAUAUUUACUUGUCAGUGAUGAAACAAUUCCUAGAAAGCAACAAGUAGUAUCAUCAGAUCGCAAAGAAUCUCAUCGGAAACUUUCAGUAAACUCCCCUGCUAUUUCUAUAACUCCCAUUUCAAAGGUUCAUAAGAAGAAAAUAUUGAGACGAGAUAGUUUGCGUUUGAUAAAUGAUGAUGGACCUGCUUUGUUCAGUCAACCAGAUGUUAUGAUAAAAGUUUCUGCUGAUGAUAAUAUUAAUAAAAAGGAUGAAAAAGAAAGUGAUUCUUCUGAUAGAUCAGGCAAAGUGAAAGCUACUCAUUUGCCUGCAAUUAAAAAUAGUCCAAAAGAAAGUCAUGUAAUGAAAAACAAGAAAAUGCUGAAAGAUAAAUCAGAAAAUAAUAGGCUGUCAUUGAAAACAAAGCAAGAUAAAGAAGCAAUUAAAGUGUUACAUGAAGAGAAGGAGAAACAAGCAUCCAAACUCAAUCAAGAAAACAAAGAAGAAUCAGCUUUAACUCGGGAAGACAAAGGAAAACCAGCAUCAACACAGGAAGACAAAGGAAAGCAAGCAUUAAAACAAGGAGAUAAAGAAAAACAAACUUUAAAAGAAGAAUUAAAACAAGGAGAUAAAGGAAAACAAACUUUAAAAGAAGAAUUAAAACAAGGCGAUAAAGAAAAACAAACUUUAAAAGAAUUGAAGCAAGGUGAUACAAAAAAACAAACUUUAAAAGAAUUAAAACAAGGAGAUAGAGAAAAACAAGAAAAACGAACUGUAAAGGAAUCAAAACAAGGAGAUAAGGAAAAACAAACUGUAAAAGAAUUAAAACAAGGAUAUAAGGAAAAACAAACUGUAAAAGAAUUAAAACAAGGAGAUAAGGAAAAGCAAACUGUAAAAGAAUUAAAACAAGGAGAUAAGGAAAAACAAACUGUAAAAGAAUUAAAACAAGGAGAAAAGGAAAAACGAACUGUAAAAGAAUUAAAACAUGGAGAUAAAGAAAAACAAACUUUAAAAGAAUUAAAACAAGGAGGUACAGAAAAACGAACUGUAAAAGAAUUAAAACAUGGAGAUAAGGAGAAACAAAUUUUAAAAGAAUUAAAACAGGGAGAUAAAGAAAAACAAACUGUAAAAGAACUAAAACAAGGAGAUAAAGAAAAACAAAGUUUAAAUGAAGAAUUAAAACAAGGAGAUAAAGAAAAACAAACUUUAAAAGAAGAAUUGAAACAAGGGGAUAAAGAAAAACAAACUUUAAAAGAAGAAUUGAAACAAGGGGAUAAAGAAAAACAAACUUUAAAAGAAGAAUUGAAACAAGGGGAUGAAGAAAAACAAACUUUAAAAGAAGAAUUGAAACAAGGGGAUGAAGAAAAACAAACUUUAAAAGAAGAAUUGAAACAAGGGGAUGAAGAAAAACAAACUUUAAAAGAAGAAUUGAAACAAGGAGAUGAAGAAAAACAAACUUUAAAAGAAGAAUUGAAACAAGGGGAUGAAGAAAAACAAACUUUAAAAGAAGAAUUGAAACAAGGGGAUGAAGAAAAACAAACUUUAAAAGAAGAAUUGAAACAAGUUGAUGAAGAAAAACAAACUUUAAAAGAAGAAUUGAAACAAGUUGAUGAAGAAAAACAAACUUUAAAAGAAGAAUUGAAACAAGGGGAUAAAGAAAAACAAACUUUGAAAGAAGAAUUGAAACAAGGGGAUAAAGAAAAACAAAUUGUAAAAGAAGAAUUAAAACAAGGAGAUAAAGAACUAAAACAAGAUGAUAAACUAGAUUCAAAAAUGCAAACCGAGGAUGGAGAGAGACAAAUGUUAAAUCAAGGAGAGAAAGAAAGACAAAUUUUAAACGAAGAGGCGAAAGAAAGAAAAGUAUUUAAACAAGACGACUCAAAAAUGGAUUUAAAGAAAACAGAGAAACAAACGCUUAAAUCCUUAGAAGAAGAAGAACUCACACAUAAACAUCUAGAAGAGCAGUGUUCAGAAGAAUAUGAGGAAGAAAAGCAUGUUAUUAGAGAAAGGCACUAUGAAGAAAAAUCAGACUCUAAUGAAGAAAACAGUUUUCAUCAGAUGCACUCUCUUACUCUUCAAGAUACUGAAGGGGAACUUGUUAUAAACAACGAAAUGCAACAUUCUUACAGCAAUUUUAUCAACAUUGAAGCUUUGCUUGAGUCAUCUAAGUUUCAUGCAACUGUGCAAGAAAUUGAAGAGCAUACUUCAACAGAUUCGAAAUGUAUUAACCUACCUACUACUGAAGUUUCUGACAAUAAAGACCACUCCGAAGAAGCAUUAAAACAUUAUAAUGAUGAUAAAUUGUCAGAAACCGUAAGUAACACAGAAUCUGACAAUCGAUUGUCCUUCUUUACAGGCGUUAAUGAGGAAUCGAAAUCAGUACCAAAAAGAAAAUCCCAUCGUUUGAUUAAGAAAAAGGAAUUUUUUGGAGACACAUCUGACUCUUCCGAGAGCAAAAAAGUAUUUGCGACGAAAAACAAACGCAUUAAACUUGGCAAACUGAAUGGAAGAGGAAGAUCAAUUCGCAGAAUUAAGAAUGGUAUUAACAAAAAUGACGAACUCAAUGGGAGUAACGAUUGUCCGGAGGAGGAGAACAGCACAGAUUUUUUUGAAGAAGAUGACCCUAAGAAAUUAUGGUGCAUUUGUCGGAAACCUCAUAAUUCUAGGUUCAUGAUUCAGUGUGAUAAAUGUGAAGACUGGUUUCAUGGAAGCUGUGUUGGUGUUACAAAACAAUAUGGUCGUCAGUUGGAAAAACAGAAAAAAGAAUGGAACUGUCCAAAUUGUUGCUCAAAAGGGGAACCCUCACCACAGAAAGUUGAGAAAUCACUGGAGCAAGCAGUUGACAUAGGGAAUCCAAACCAGAAGAAUUUAAGAAUUGAUGAGCAAGAUGAGGAUGUUACUUGUGAAAAUAGAAAAGACCCAUUACUUCAUGAUGUAAAUAUACUAAAUUCUACAAAUUCUGGAAACUAUAAGAUGUCUGCUGAUGAUCUUAAAAAUUUGGAUUCUUCAGCUAGUGACCAAUUUCCAGAUGGUGAAGCUUCCACAAAUAAGGGAAGAGUUCAAUUUAAUAUUGAGGAAAAGUUAGAUAAAAUUUCUAAAGUAAGAAUUUUGAAGCAUUCAUCUCAACAAAAACGAUCUGCUGAUUUUAAACAAAAUUCUUCUACAAAUUUGAAGACACCUGACGAUUCUUCAAAAUUGUCUAAUUCUUCAAUGCAAUCUUCUGCUCUAAAUAUGAAAUCAGAUAUUUCACUUAAAUCAUCUCUGUUAACAAAACAGACACUAUCAAACUCUCAUAACGCAAGUCCAAAUAAAAAGACGAGUGUUGCUAAUCGCUGUUCUGGGAAGCCAGCCUCAGGGUUUUUGAAUCCAAGAAGGAAGUUAAGUAACACUUUAAAAGAAAAGGACCAUUCAGUUAAAAAGAAACAAAGUUGUGUUAACUGUCAAUCUGAAGCCAGAGCAAACUCUUGCUAUUGUAGUGAUGACUGUAUUGAAAAGUAUGCUGCCUUAUGUCUGAAAACAAUGCGUGAUGCCAAAGGUGGUCUUAAGGGUCCUGAAUUUGAUUCGCAAAGACUUGUAGUUUUAGAUUGUUUGAAGGGAAGUUUAAUAUCCAAUGAGAAUGGUCCUACAGCUGGUGAAAUUGUUUCUUGGUUGAAAUCAAAUCCGUCUUUCAUAAUCGCUUGUUCAUCUAGCAUGUCUCCAUCAGCGAAAAAAGAUGCUAAUUCUCAAAAGAAGGAAACUGAAUCCAAUUCUAAUUCAGAAAAAACAGAUGCUACAAAUCAAUCUGCAAAACCUACUGUUCGAUUAAAUGUCAGGAAGACUUUAAAAAAUAUUUUACUUGAAAGAGUCAAAAAAUCUGAUGAUCUUGAAAUGGCUGAAGAGGAUGUGCAAAAGAUAGCUGUAAAAAUUGAAGAAGAACUUAAUUCCUUAUUUAAAGAUAACAGCUUUAAGUAUAGAGCAAAAUAUAGGAGUUUAAUGUUCAACAUAAAAGAUCCUCGAAAUCAGGGAUUGUUUAGAAAAAUUCUGAAAGGUAACAUACCUCCAGAUAAAUUGGUCCGAAUGACACCAGAGGAAUUGGCCUCCUUGGAAUUGGCUAAAUGGAGAGAACAAGAAAACCAACAUUUAUUGGAUAUGAUCAAGAGAGUACAGUUAGAGCAACAAAAAAAUGGAAGUGUCUUGUUCUUGAAGAAAACUCAUAAAGGAGAAGUCGAAAUUGAAGACGAUUUGACAAGCAUCCUUGAGCAAGAUCUUCCUAAACCUGUGGUAAAGGAUUCGUCGAAUGAUCUUAUUGAUACUGAAAAGGAAGAAAUGAAAGAUAGUACUCAUCUACACCGUUCUCAUUUGUUUGAUAACAAUUGUAAGAUAUGUACUGGAAAAAUAGUACCGCCUUCUGCUGAUGAAAAUACUCCCAAAAAGGUUCGAGUGGCGCAUUCUAUAUCAGUGGAUCUUGGUUCUCCAAAUGCAUCUGAAGGACCAAAGGUAAUUGAUGGAAAGUCACCUGUGUCCAGUGCAGGAGAUGAGUCAAUGGAUGAAGUACCAACAUCUACUGUGUCGGAGUCUCCAGAAAUUAAUGAAAAAUCCUUAAAAGAUACCCCAUCUAAAACACUAUCUUCAGUUUGGAAAGGCUUUGUUCAUAUGCAAGAUGUAGCCAAAUUUCUUACUAUUGCUUACAAAGUGUCAGGUCCGACCCGUCAUCUUCAAGCUGAUUUACCUGACACUAUGCAAAUAUGUGGCAGAAUAAUUCCUGAUCAAGUGUGGGAUUAUCUUGGGAAAAUAAAACAGUCUGGAAGCAAAGAAUUGGUUAUUAUUCGCUUCCAGGCAGCUAACGAUGAAGAAGCCAUUACCUAUCGUUCAUUUUAUUCUUACUUGAGCAGUAGAAAACGAUAUGGUGUUGUUUCCAACUAUUCUAAAAAGAUAAAAGACUUUUAUCUUUUGCCAUUGGCUUCUACAAGUCCAGUACCGAUGGUUUUGGUUCCUUUUGAUGGGCCAGGUCUACCAUCUCCUAGACCUCAUCUACUUCUGGGUGUUAUAGUUCGUCAUAAAUUUAAACAUCCUGUGUUACGUCCUGUUGUCUCCAAACAACGUCCAUCGGUGAAAGCUCGGGUAGGAAAGGCUGGUGAUUCAUUUACUCCUCCUCAAGAACCACGUUCUUACACUCCACCUCUUCCAACUUCAUCAUCUUUGGAUGAAGCAAAGGAACAGGAGAAUAAAUCUGUAGUUAGUCCAGAUUCAGCAAAUAAAGACAAUUUUUUUCCAUAUGAUUCUACGUUAAAAAAUGCCGAUUUUACUGUAGAUAAGCCUACCACUCCAUUAGACAAAGCGUCGAUUUCUGAUGCUUCACCUUUUGAAAAGGAUGAUGACAAACCUUAUGAUCCUGAACAAGAUAUUGUUAAUAUAACGUCUGAACCACCCAAAUCACAAAAUGCCCAUUUUUCAUUAGAUGUUAAAAAAGAAAGAUCAACAGUUAAUUUGGAACAGCAGAAAAAACUUUUAGAUGCACUAAGCCGACAAGUUGAAGAAACCGAAAAUGCCCUCAAACAGCUAAUUUCGCAUCCUAGGGAUGAUACAGUUGAGAAGUCUCCGAAUGCUCCCUGUUUGGAUAUAAAUUCAGUAGCCGAAACUGGAAUGUCUAGUUUCUUAGAUUUACCAGAAAAUUUGCAGGAACUUUUCAAUUCUGCACGCUUCAAGACUUCUAAUAAGGAAAAGGGAGAUGUUGAUAUGCGUAUCAAAACUUUGUUUGGGAAACAUUUUGAUGAACAUAAAAAUGAUGGCUCACGACCUCCUGAAAUUCUUCGGAGUUCAAAUAAUUCUUCUAAAACUCUUAAUAAUUUAGAAGUUUAUAAUCUUCAAGCACCAACAUCGCCAGCUAAUGAUGAAAAUAUGGACAAAUCAACUAUUGCAAGUCUGCCAGAUCCCAGAAUUAAAAUAAGAACUAGCUCCGAAGAUAUGUCUUUUAUAUCUAAGGAUACAUUUCCAUCAAAUGUAUCCCUAAACAUUAUGUCUGUGCCAGAUGUAACAGAUAAUCCGGAAAAACAAUUGCCUGUGGAAAUGCCAAAAACUGAAUUACCAUUAUCUGAGCAGAAGAUUAAAAGUAUUGCAACUAUGCCUCCUAAUGUUUUACUUUCUGGUUGGAAUUCAGGUAAAGAGCCUCCACCUCCUGGAAUAGAACCUACUGAAACCCCAUCUCAAGAAAGCUUGUCUAUUCAGUCUAGCCCUCAUACAUCUGUACCACAAAUUUAUGUCUCUACUGUUCAAGACACUUCGCAACAUGUUAAUUCUGCAUUUCACCCUCAAGCAUUUUCUUCAUUUCAACCACGUUUACCUCUUGGAUUCUCUAUUCACACUCCUCCUCCGAUCAUAAAACAUUUCCCACCACCACCAAUUGUUUCGACCUCUUUUCCUCUUCCACCGCCUUUAACAAUGCAUGUAGUUCCUUCUCAAGUAACUGAUAGCAAUCUUGUUAAAGACCAGUGGCCUGCUUUACAACCACCAAGCCAUCAAACUGAAGGAAGUGAAUGGGAUGUUGGAUCAUCUCAUUGGAAGGUGACUUCUGACCAUCAUGGAAAUCAGUGUGAGGGAGAUUCGAGGUACUAUUCAUCAGAUAGAUCAAAUGAUUAUGGCAACGAAGAUUUUUAUAAAAGAGACGUCUCAGCCAGACUUUGGAACAGGCCUCAGAAGUUUACUUAUCAGCGCUGGGGCAAGAAGCCUUCCAAAGGAUUUACUAAUCAAAGGAGAGGGAAAAGAGGCAGUUCAUUUAAAAGAAAUAUAAGGAAUUAAUUCAUUCGUUCAUAUUCAUUCUGUAUAACUUUUUUUUGCUGUUGUUUAUGCAAUAUUCACAAAAGACAUUAUCCAUCUAUUUAUAUAUGUAAAUCGAGUCAGCUUGCUAAAAAUGUCAUGCACGUAAAUAGAUAUGCAUGAACAUUGUAUUCAAUAUACCCAAAUGAUUUUAUCCUAACUGAUAAGCAAAAGUUAAAACGCAAUAUUUUACUAUGCAAUGAAUUUGUCUAUAAAUCGUUUUCGACUAUGUACUAUAAAAUUGUCUUAUUCUUGUGCUCUGCAAUUUGUUCAUUUUUACUAUAUCAUCUCCCAAUUUUUAUUUACUUAUUUAUGAAAAUUGUUCUGCAAGAUAUAAUAUGUUGUUUGUAGUCAUUCAAAAUUUGUUCUAGAAUGUUUUUGCCAAAUUAUGAUUAUGAUAUGCAUAUGCUAUUUUCGGUUACAGAUUAAAAAAUAUCCAAAUAAAUGUAGAAUUUAUGUUGCAAUUCUAUUUUACAUGAAGUCAAAAUAAUUUUAUAAUUAAUUUAUGUGUAUGUAGUUAAUAGUCCUGUAUUUUAUACAUUAAAACUUUUUAAAUAUUCAAUAUAAAUUGUAAUACAUUUUAAUUACUUUUUCCGAUUUGUACGUAAAUAAUGAGUUGAUUCCGUAAAAAUCAAAAUCUGACACCAUGUGUUUUGAUUUGGAAUCUUGAGUCUUAAAAAAGUAUAAGAACAUUUUUAAAAAAUGAUAAAUUGCAGAUCAUUAAGUAUUUUUAGUAAUGUUGCAUAAUUUUUUUUAAUGAGGUAUAUUUGUUAUUAUGUUUCCUGUCCACUUAUAGUCUGCUUUAUUAUAUUAUGAAGUAAUAUUACUUUUUAUUAUUAUUAUUUGUUUGAUUAGAUAAGCUAACUUCUAGUAAAAAUAUUGUAAAAAUUAACUUUUUUUGCAUUUUUGUAUAAAGUUAAUUCUUUAUUUGCUUCUCACGAACGAGUUUUUCUCGUUUUUUCUUAAUGUAUUCAUUUUAGUGAUAAGAAAUUUUGAAUGAAUUUGUUUUAAAAUUAAUGGCUAGUCAUAUGGGUAUUCUUCACUGUAAUUUGAUGUUAUGUUCAUAUAAUAUAUGUAUAUAAAUGUGUAAAUUUAGUGUUGUAAAAUGUUCAUUUUUAUGUCACUUCAUUGUUAAUGGAUCCUUUUCUUCAUGAAUUGGAACAUCAUCUGCUUUAAGAAAUCAAAAUUGAUUUCAUUAAUUAACAUUUGGCGAUUUUAUGAUUUGAGCCAGUAAGUUUUUGUUGAUAAAGUUUAUUAUUAUUACUAUUAUUUUAAAGUUAUUGAAAAUUUCUUUUUAUUCUGUAUUUAUUAUCAUGUUG